AAUAAAAAUGGACGUGGAGCUCGAGCCCCGAGAAGAGGACUAUCACUUUAAAAACAGUUCAGAGUUCGCCGCUGCACGUGGUCAAACCAACAUGGCAGCGCCCUGUGCGUUUCACUGAGAAGUGGAAUAAAACAAGAAGAGUGAUGGCAGAUGUUAGUGGAAGCCCAGUGGCUGAUACUCCCCCCUCAAAGGAGGAGAAGAAGCCUGAUGACCUCCCCGAGGACUCCAACACUGAUGAUGGAAAGUCUGAUGUCAAAGCCGAGGGCGCGAACGAGGCAGCAUCCGACCCCAGCGUGUACCGCUACAUCAAAGAGGACCUAUUCACGUCUGAGAUCUACAAGGUGGAGAUCAGGAAUCUACCCAAGUUCAUCGGCUUUAACGACCUGAAGAAGUUCCUGGCCAAACAGGGCCUCAACCCGCACAAAAUCAAGCUGUUCGGCAAGCAGAUGUUCGCUUUCGUCACCUUUAAGAACGAGGAGGAGCGCGACAAGGCCAUGAAGACGGUUCAUGGCACACAGUGGAAGGGCCAGGUGCUGAGCGUCAGGCUGGCCAAACCCAAAGCAGACCCCAUCCUGAGGAAGAGGAAGCAGGGGGAGGGAGAGGGCGCGGGAGGGCAGCCCCCAUCCAAGCGAACGGAGCGGGACGAGGCAGAGGAGCCGCUCAGCGUCCAGAUAGCCAACGUGGUGACGCCUCUGUGGAACGUGCCUUAUGAGGAGCAGCUGAGGAGGAAGGAGCAGGAGGUGGUGGGGGUCCUGCAGAGGCUGGCCAAAGAGAUUGGCAGCACCAACAAAGCCAUGUUGCCGUGGCUGUUUGCACAGAAAGGGAAAUACAACAAAAUGUGUUGUCCUCUGGAAGAUAUCCGACCAUCUCCUACACAGACAGAGUACAGAAACAAGUGUGAGUUCCUCAUCUCAGCGGGUGCAGACGGUGAGGACAAGACCAUCGGUUUCCGCCUGGGGAAAUAUAAAGGCGGCUCCUGUGCUGUGGUGGGGCCGGCUGACACCUGCCACGUCUCUGCCGAGGCCAAGAGAGUGGUCAGCGAGUUUCAGAAGUUCAUCAGGACAACACCAUACUGUGUGUACAGUCCCGAGACAUAUGAAGGCCACUGGAAGCAGCUGACUGUACGGACUACGAGGACCAAACAAGCCAUGGCUGUAGUGUUCUUCAACCCACAGAAACUUGAAGAGGAGGAGGUCAAUGCAUUAAAGAGCUCCAUGAAGGAGUACUUUACAGAAGGAGAGGGGAAAGACAGCGGAGUAACCUCUCUUUACUUUGUUAGGGAGGGUCAAAGGACUUCUCCUAACGUGGAGGACUUGCCCUGUGAGCUGGUGGCUGGAGAGGGCUGCAUUCAUGAGGAACUCCUGGGUCUCAAGUUCAGAAUAUCUCCUCACUCCUUCUUCCAGGUGAAUACAGGCGCUGCAGAGGUGCUGUACUCUGCUGUGGGGGAAUGGGCCAAGCUGGAUCAGGACAGCACAGUACUGGAUGUGUGCUGUGGGACGGGAACCAUCGGCAUCUCUCUGGCUAAGAGGGUAAAGAAGGUGAUUGGGAUCGAGCUGUGCCAGGAAGCAGUGGAGGAUGCCAAAGUUAACGCAAAGCUCAAUGGUCUAAGUAAUGUUGAGUUUCACUGUGGAAAAGCUGAGGAUGUGUUCCCCAACAUUCUCAACGCGCUCGUGUCACCCAACAUCACGGCCGUUGUGGAUCCGCCGAGGGCAGGCCUUCAUUCCAAGGUGAUACUUGCCAUCAGGAGGGCAGAGCACCUGAAGAGGCUGGUUUAUGUGGCGUGCAACGCUAAGGCAGCCAUGAAUAACUUCAUCGAUCUGUGCAGAGCGCCGUCCAACAGAGUUCAUGGGGCCCCAUUCCGUCCGGUGCGGGCCAUGGCUGUGGAUCUGUUCCCUCAGACCAUGCACGUGGAGAUGCUUCUGCUGCUGGAGAGAGUGGACUACAAUUCCCAGCAGCAGGCCGGCACCACUCAGGAAGAGACAGGGUCUUAGCCUUAGAAACAGAUCCUGCUCAGUUUGAUAGGCUUUCCGUACAAGAGAUGCAAGGAGCCUUCCUCUCAUUUGUUGAAGUAUCAGGCCUUCACUUUAAAAGCGUUAAUUUACCCAAACAACAUAAUUUACCAUUAAUCCAGUAAAGUCCUUGUUGUUUUAUAAUGCAAUAUUAAUUUGUGCUUCCAAUAAACUGGUGUUAAUACAGAA